UCUCGUGUCAACAUGGCAGCUGAGUUUGCAGCUACCUACAAAAUUCUGGUGCUCGGCGACAGCAAUGUUGGAAAAACCUGCAUUGUGCACCGAUUUUGUGAUGAAAGAUACUAUGACACAUAUAUUUCAACCAUAGGUAUUGAUUUUAAACAGAAAAUAAUAAAUUUAGAUGGUAUGCCUAUUAAACUGCAAAUAUGGGACACAGCAGGACAAGAAAGAUUUCGUACGUUGACUACAGCGUAUUAUAGAGGAGCUAUGGGCAUUCUUGUUAUGUAUGAUGUCUCGAACAUGGACUCUUUCAACCAUUUGACAUAUUGGUUUAGGAACGUCGACGAGAAUGCCUCUCAAGAUGUCGUCAAAGUGUUGGUGGGCAACAAAUCUGAUGCUACUCAUAUGAGGGUAGUAGAUUACGAGCGAGGUCAGAAGAUGGCUGAAACCUUUGAAAUCCCCUUUUUCGAAUGUAGCUGCAAAAAUAAUGAAAAUAUUCACGAAGCCUUUAUAGAGCUUGCUCGAAAAAUUAGAGAGCAACGUGAAAUACGAGCAACUAAAUUUGAUGAAAUGGAAAGACUUCAGUGGGAAAAAGCUGAUCUUAAUCAAAGCAAACAAGUGACAUCAGGAUCCUACCGAUGCGGUUGCUAGGACUUUCUGCAGUGUAUGGAAUCUCGUUUCAGUGACCUCAUCAAAAUAAAAUGAACUAGAAACGCACAUCUAGAGAUAAACAAUGUUUUCCAGAUAGGACUGUUGAAGAUGAAUGUCUCAUGAAGUUCGAUAACUUAUAAGAUGCGUUGGAGAAAUACAAACCUCUGAGUUGUGCUAAUCAGAAGUAAAACUUAUCGUAUCCGAGUGAAAUUUAGAUAUACUGAUUUGAAGAAGCUACAAUGGAAAGAAAUGCUAGCGAUGCAAUUCCAUUCUCUUUAAUAUAUUUGUUAAGUUAAAUCCGUCUUACCUUGCUCUGUAAAUUUUGAGUGUGCUUAAAAUAUUAAUCAUAAUGAGCUAGAUUUUUAUCAUGUUAUCUGAUGGGAAGAUCUACAUCUUGUUAUUACACAAUGUGAAUACUUUUCUUAGAUGUGAUUGUCUUCUGAAAACAGACCCCUUUUCAGAACAGACUUAAUAUUUCUUUACCAUAAAUGAACUCGGAAUAAAAAAGGAAAAAUCACUUGCUGCCUUAGCAUGAUUUAUUUAAGCUGUGGCCUCUUUCAGAGAAGACUUUUUCCGAGAACAGACUUCAGUUUUUUUCCCCUAAAGUUUUGAAAUUAAAUGCAUCCGUUAAGGAAAAUAUUCACACAUAAAUGAAUUCAAAACAGACGGGAAAAAUAUAUUGUUGUUAAGAAAUUAAGAAUACAAUAACAAAUAGCAUCAUUUAACUAUUACUUAGAAGUUGAACACAUUCAUACUGCCAAAACAAUUGAAGUUAUUUUUUUGAAAAGUAAUAUUUGUCCUUCAAUCUUAUUUUUAUUUAGAAUUCAAGUUCGUACUGAAAUAUUACAAACCCUUAAAUAACUCAAAGCAUUUCUUUUAAUAAACGAAACGAAACUAAACGGCACCCUUUGCAUACCUCCAACGCGUAAAUACAAAAAUUUCUCCAAAAGUUGCAAAUCAGUCUGUUUCUUGUUUUCUGGACCACGAUUCCCGCACUUUCCAGGAGCUGGCCAGGCACUGGAUUCCUGCACUGUUAUUACAUGUUAUUAGUUCUUUAAAAAUAAAAAAU